AAUCCGGCGUCGAUGAUGGCUAGUAGGAGUUUCACUAUCCUAGGUCGACAAGUGGUCCGCUACAGUGGCCAGGUGGCGUUGACACGAUCUCUGGGCGGUAGUUUCGUGCGAUUUUCCAGCACCAGUGCAAAGUCUCCCGGCACUCUCAAGUUGACACUCAAGGGAUUGGGCUUGGGACUCGUCCUGGGCACUGGCUACGCCGGAUACACCUUCGUGACGGAGUCGAAGCCAAAGGCACAUCUUGUGAAUGAGAAGGAGGAGCUCUUCUUCCUGGACAAGUUUCCCAACGUGAAGAUCACACGCAGUAUUGUGAAUCCCGCAGACAAGAGUGGCUUGAAAGUCACUCUGUUUCAGUACCAGACAUGUCCUUUCUGCUGCAAAGUGCGAGCCUUUCUGGACCACAAUGGAAUCUCGUAUGACGUGGUGGAAGUGGAUGCAGUGUUGAGGCAGGACAUCAAGUGGUCUCCAUCGAAGAAAGUGCCCACAAUGCUGGUGAAGACGCCGGAUGGGAAAUUCCUGCAACUCACAGACUCCAGCAUGAUUGUCUCGGUGUUGUCGAGUUUUCUGCGUGAACGCGGCCAGGAUAUUGUGGAGUUGGCAUCCUUCUAUCCUAGCAUCACGUUUCUGGAUGAGAAGGGGAAGAAAAAGGCGGACAUCAUGAAUAAGUACUUCCUCAUGUUCAAGGAUGGCACGCCUCGGUCGCUCUCCAAGGAGACUCUCGAGGAGGAGCGCAAGUGGCGGACAUGGGCAGACAAUCACCUCGUUCACCUCAUCUCGCCCAAUGUCUAUCGCACGAAGGAAGAAGCGUUGGAGACCUUUGAGUGGUUCUCAGAGACCGGCGAGUGGGAUCAGCACUUCCCCGCCUGGGAGAGAAAUCUGAUGGUGUACUUGGGAGCGGCUGCGAUGUGGGCCAUCAGCAAGCGUCUGAAGAAGCGCCACGAUCUCUCCGAUGACGUGCGAGGACACAUUUACGACGCGCUGGACAAGUGGACAAACGCCAUUGAGCAGAAGAAGACGCCGUUCAUGGGUGGUAAAAAGCCCAAUCUGGCGGAUUUGGCAGUGUUUGGUGUGCUUAGCAGCAUGGAGGGAUGCCGCGCGUUCAUGGAUUGUCUCGAAAACACCCAAAUUGCCGGCUGGUUCUACGCCGUCAAGGAGCAAAUCGUCCGGAAUCGCGGUACAGUAGCUUAA